AUGCUGAGGAGAAAGAGCAGAGAGGAGUCAGAGCUCAGAGCUUUAUAUCAGCAGCCACCCAUACCAUCUGCAUCUCAGAGCUUCAAGUCAACAACACAGGAAAACAAAAACAUCUUACUUGUAGGUGAAACAGGAACAGGAAAAUCUACUCUGAUCAACGCUCUGUUCAACUACACCAUGGGAGUGAAGUUUGAGGACAACAUCUGGUUUGAGAUCGUAGAAGAUGAGAAGAGAAGUCAGAUAGAGAGUCAGACAUCAGAUGUGAUCACAUACGAGAUCUUUGGUUAUGAAGGUAAAACUCUGCCCUACUCUCUCACCAUCAUCGAUACUCCUGGAUUCGGAGACACCAGAGGGAACGAACUAGAUGCCAUCAUCAGUCAAAGAUUAUUUGACUUGUUCAGCUCAGACGAUGGAGUUCAUGAACUUUCUGCAGUGGGUCUGGUGCUGAAGGCAGCUGAGAAUCGAGUGAGUGAUCGAAUGAAAUACAUCUUUGAUUCAGUGAUGUCUCUGUUUGGAAAAGACAUUGAGAAGAACAUCAUCGCUCUCAUCACACACUCUAAUGGAUUAACACCUGAAAAUGCUCUGAUAGCUCUUGAAGCUGCAAACAUUAAAUGUGCCAAAGAUGAAGAGAAUGAAACUGUUCACUUCCUGUUUGAUAACUGCCAGAGAAAAGAGAGAACAAAGAAAACCAAACUUGCUUUAGGGAAUGCAUGGAGGACAACAGAAGCAGGAAUGGAAGAAUUCAAAGACUUCCUGAAAGAAUCUAAACCUCAGAAGCUGAAUAAAACAGUUGAAGUGUUGAACUCACGGAUCAGACUGACAGCCUGCAUCCAAAACCUGCAAGAAAGAAUCCAGUUGAUUGACCUAAAACAGAGAGAGAUCCAACAGACUGAAGAAGUUCUGAAGAAACAUGAAGAAGAGAUGAAGAAGAAUGAGAAGUUCACUGUUGAUGUUCCUGAGACAUACAAAGACACAAAAACCAUCAGUGGUGGGAGUUGA